AUGAAGAACAAGGAAGGCUGGGACGGGAAGCUAAGGGUAGAGCCCAAAGCUGUCAUCGCAAACCCAGAGGCCCUGGAAGAUUCGGACUAUUCGGACCCUGAUGCACCCCCCGUGGAUGAAAUCGAGGCGGAUGAAGAUCUAUUGGCGGAUGAGGACUUGAAUGCAGAGGACAUUGACCUGGUCCAUUGUCGCAUAUCGUCGAUUCCCGCGCUACGAUUGGAGCGGUUUCCCAAGCUUCAGCGAUUAUGUCUUCGCCAAAACCAGAUUACUCGCAUCAACUUCCCUCCCGCCGUUGCCGCGACACUGACCGAGCUCGAUCUCUACGAUAACCUCAUCUCGCAUGUCAAGGGCCUGGAUGAAUUCCAUAACCUGACUAGUUUGGACCUCAGCUUCAACAAGAUCAAGCAUGUCAAGAAUGUGUCGCAUCUCGUAAAAUUAACCGAGAUCUUCUUUGUGCAAAACAAAAUUACCCGCAUCGAAGGGCUGGAGGGGCUGACCGCAUUACGGAAUCUGGAGCUGGGGGCGAACCGGAUUCGGGAAAUCGAGAAUCUGGAAACGCUCUCUGCCUUGGAGGAGCUCUGGCUAGGGAAGAACAAAAUCACUGAGAUGAAGAACCUGGACCACCUCUCCAACCUCCGCAUCAUUUCGAUCCAAUCCAACCGCCUUACCCACAUCUCCGGCCUCUCCGCCCUGCCCAACCUCGAAGAGCUCUAUCUCUCACACAACGCAGUCACCGACCUGUCCGGCCUUGAAUCCAACCCUUCCUUGCGCGUGCUUGAUUUCUCCAACAACCAAGUAUCCCAUUUAGAACACUUAUCUGCACUUGAAAACCUGGAAGAGCUCUGGGCCUCCAAUAACCAGCUUGCCAGUUUCGAGGAGGUUGAGCGCGAGCUUAAAAACAAGGAAAAGCUGCAGACCGUCUACUUUGAAGGGAAUCCGUUGCAGAGCAAUGGGCCCGCCUUGUAUCGCAAUAAGGUGCGGUUGGCGCUACCGCAGAUCUCGCAGAUCGACGCAAGUACGUUUUCUCUCUUCUUGGUUGUCUUUUUUUCUGGAUAUGAUGGCCAAUCCUAA